AUGGCUCUUAAAGGCACGAUUCCCCGUGAUUUUGGAAACCUCACAUUUCUUGCUUUAAAUGACUUGGGAAGCAACAAUUUUCAUGGAAAUUUGCCUCAAGAAAUGACACGCUUGCAUCGGCUUAAGUUUCUUGAUUUAAGUUUUAACAACUUCAGAGGGGAGGUUCCUUCUAGCAUGCCUCCGGUCACUGUAGGGAACCUUUCCACAUCUCUUACAAAGAUUUACGCACCCAGUUGCAAGAUCAAAGGGAGAAUUCCUAAUGAAGUUGGGAAAUUGAGCCACUUAAUAGACUUUGACCAUUCUGAAAACAACAUGGUUGGAUGGAUUCGCACAUCAAUUGGAAACUUGAGAAACCUGCAGGGCUGCUUCUUGAGUAAUAACAAACUUAUAGGAUCUAUCGGAGAUGAUAUAUGUAAAUUGCAGUGCUUGGAUGUCAUAGACUUGAAUCAAAAUAUUUUCAGGUUCUCUUCCUAA